AUGUAUCAUCGUAAGGGAAGGGGACGAAAUGAAUUGGAUUCAGUAAGACGGAAUGGUUAUGAGCCAAUAGCACAGUUUGAAAGUUCACAUACAGCACCAGAUUAUGUGGUACGUGAAAGAAGAGAUGGACGAUUGUGGAGUGAUAGCUAUGAACUUGAAUGGCCAACACGGCCACAAUUUGGUCGAUAUGCGAGUGAAAGCAAAGUAUUUUAG